AUACUGGUAAUAAGGUGGGAGCCAAAAGAUGAAACUGAGAAAUUCUAUGUGUACAUGCACUUCAAGGAGAUCCAACUGCUAACAAGCGAUCAAAGAAGACAAUUCAAAAUCACGAUGAACGGUGAAUUAAGAGUUCAAAAUUUUUCUCCACAGUACCAAGGUGUGGAUACUAUAUAUACGACGGAAGCCACCAAUGGGAAAGAAAUUAAAUAUUCCCUGGAGAGGACUGAAAAUUCAACCCUGCCUCCCAUCAUCAAUGCUAUUGAAAUUUACAAAGUAAUAAACUUACAGAAACCAGAAACGUUCCAAGGAGAUGUUGAUGCAAUUACAAGCAUUAAGUCUGCCUAUGGAGUGAAAAGGGUUUGGGAAGGUGAUCCAUGUGCUCCUGCAGCCUACUUGUGGGAUGGUCUCAACUGUACUUAUCUCGGCAAUGAGUUCCCAAGAAUCACAGCUUUGAAUUUAUCGUCAAGUGGAUUGUCAGGAAAGAUUGACCCUUCCAUCUCAAAACUCACCAUGUUGGAGAAGCUGGAUUUAUCUAACAAUAACUUAAAUGGUGAAGUUCCUGAUUUUCUGUCUCAGUUACCAUACUUGAAGAUCCUAAACUUGGAGAAGAAUAACCUCUCCGGUUCGAUUUCCUCUGUACUUGUUGGAAAAUCACACCAAGGUUUUCUCUCACUAAGAAUGGGUCAAAAUCCAUAUCUAUGUGAAACUGAUCAAUGCAACGACAAGGGAAAGAAAACCACUGUUACACCCAUAGUAGCAUCAGUUAGUGCGAUUUUAAUUCUUCUAAUAGCCGGUGCAAUAUUUUGGAUCCUUAAAAGGAAAAAAUCAAAAGGUAAUGCUGAAAUAACUACGAAAAUAAAUCAUCUGAGUGAAAUUUCUCAGCAAUCCACAGAAAAGGAUGAAUCGUUCAUGCAACGGAAAAGUCAAACGUAUUCAUACUAUGAUGUCCUUCAAAUUACAAACAAUUUCAAUAGAAUUAUUGGUAAAGGAGGAUUUGGAACAGUUUACCUGGGCUUUAUAGGUGACACUUCAGUUGCGGUGAAAAUGCUUUCCACGUCAGCAGUUCAUGGUUACCAACAAUUUCAAGCAGAGGUUAGACUUCUAAUCAGAGUUCAUCACAAAAAUUUGACAUCACUUAUUGGUUACUGUAAUGAUGGAACCAAUAAGGGCCUCAUAUAUGAGUACAUGGCUAAAGGGAACUUACGAGAACAUCUCUCAGGUAAACACAGCGAAUCUCCAUUCUUGAGCUGGAAGGACAGACUUCGUGUAGCAGUGGAUGCAGCCGUAGGAUUGGAAUAUCUGCAUAAUGGUUGCAAGCCUCCUAUAAUCCACAGAGAUGUAAAAUCAUCAAACAUCUUGUUGGAUGAAAACUUCCAAGCAAAGUUAUCUGAUUUCGGUCUAUCCAAAGUUGUCCCAGAUGAUGGAAGAUCUCAUUUGUCAACUAUUGUUGCUGGUACACUUGGUUAUCUGGACCCUCACUACCAUUCUUCCAAUAGAUUAACACAGAAAAGUGAUGUUUAUAGCUUUGGAGUUGUUCUUUUGGAAAUAAUCACAAAUCAAGCAGUAAUGGCAGGGAAUGAAGAAACGGGUCACAUAAGCGAACGAGUUAACUUGAUGAUAUCAAAAGGGGAUAUCAGGGCCAUAGUUGACUCAAGCUUACAAGGAAAUUUUGACAUUAACUCUGCAUGGAAAGCCGUAGAAAUAGCAAUGGCUUGUGUUCAUCCAAAUCCCAACGAAAGGCCAAUGAUGAGUGUGGUAGUGAUUGAACUACAGGAGGCUUUAGCGACCGAAUUAACUAGAACAAACCAUGAUAUUGGUGCUGAUCCCAGGUAUUCAGUUGCACCGGUCAGCGUGAAUUUAGACAGCGAAUUCAUGCCGUCGGCUAGGUAA